UAUUACGUUACGUGAUCGGUUUGCUUAGAGCUGUCAGGGAUCCAGAUGUUUUUUGUGUAAUGUUAUUGAUGUUGGCAAAUUAUCGACAUUUUCAUGCUGUUAUUUGAGUUAUUUUAUUAAUAUUUUGGAUAUAAUAAAUUUACAAUGUCUGGAUUCGACGAAAAUCCUUUUGGUGAACCAACAGUUGACAAUCCUUUUGCGGACCCCAGCGUCACGCAAGUCACAAAACAGACUACCAAUGCCCACAAGGGGCUUGAAGAUUACAACCCCUUCGCAGACCAGGCACCACAACGCAAUGCUGGGCCGGUGAGAGGUGCGGCCAACCCGCCCUACCAGCCCUCGUCGCAGCCCGCCAUCAUGCAGCCCACACAGGAGAUCAACCCCCCGCCAUCGUACACCAAGACCGCACAGCAAACACAGCCGCAGCAGCUGUCGGCUGCCGAGUUCCAGGCUGAGUUGGACCGCAGGCAGGAGGAGCUGGAGAGGAAAGCUGCAGAGCUGGCCAGGAGAGAAGAGGAGCUCAGAAAUGCACCCUACAACGUAAGAAGAAACAACUGGCCUCCUCUACCAGAGAACAACAUAUUUGGUCUCCAGCCUUGCUUCUAUCAAGACAUCAAUGUGGAGAUUCCGCCAGAGUUUCAAGGCAUCGUGCGUAACCUCUACUACCUAUGGAUGUUCCACUCCAGCCUGAUGGUCCUGAAUGUGUUUGGUGGCCUGCUGCUGUUCCUGCACACCCACCAGUUUGGCACAUUCGGUGUUGGUGUGAUCUACGCCAUCCUCUUCACCCCAUUCUCCUUCGUCUGCUGGUAUCGUCCUGUCUACAAAGCUUUCAGGAGUGACAGCUCUUUCAACUUCAUGGUGUUCUUUUUCAUAUUUUUCUUCCAGUUCAUCAUCACCAUUUUCCAAGCCUUGGGCAUGAGUGGAGCUGGAACCUGCGGCUUAGCCACGGCUCUAAGCACUUUUGACGGCACCCCCGCCGGCACCAUCAUCGGCAUCUUCCUGCUGCUGAUUGCCGGGGGUUUCUGUUCCGCAGCUUUCAUCGAUUUCUUGCUGCUGGCUAAGGUGCACCGUAUCUAUCGCUCAACAGGAGCAAGUUUCGCUAAGGCUCAGCAGGAGUUCACAUCAGAGAUCAUGCGCAACCAGCACGUGCGAGACGCAGCCGGCAACGUUGUCAGUGCAGCUGUGCAGAGCCAGUUCAACAAUCCACAGCAGCCGGUGCGCAGCCCCUCCUCCAGAUACUAAUCGGCAAGUGAUUUCGAGCCAAUUCUAUAUUAACUACUAAAUGACGAUACAUCUCUGAAAAUUAUUGUCCAGUAUGUCAACAUGAUCGGGCGGGGCCUCCGCGGUCUUCGCUCUUAAUAUUAAUAUGUGUUAGUCAAUAAACACUUUAAAGAUUUAUUUCAUUGAGAGUAAAGGAAAAAAUCUUGAAUUUUAAUGCUAUUUUGAAUUCUAUAGUAUAUAUUUUCUAUUUCUAUUUUUUUAGUAGGCCUAGCAUUAAGUAUGUUCCAAGUACGACUUUAGUCUCUUAUAUUUAGUAUAUUAUUAUCGAAUAAUCUGUUGUAACAUAUUUAAUUAAUUAAUCCAAAGAUGAAUUUAAACAUAUUGUACAACUCGUAAUUGUUAGGCUGGGAUGUACUUAUGAACGAUUCUGCGCUUGGCUUUUAAAGACAGUGUAACGUGACUGAGGUAAAGAAAUUGUUUUGUAAAUUAUCUUCUUUAGGUCUUUGUUAAAAUGGUUAGUUUAUGACACUAUGUUUAAAUGACUCUUGUUUUUUACUAUGUUUCUUUUUAUGUGGACAGCUUUAAAUAACAUGUUUUUGAUACAUAGAAACCUAAAUAGGCGAUCAAUUAUUGUUCCAAUUCUCUUAGAGGGAUUAGUUUAAUUUUACAUUUAUUUUUUUUUUUAGUCUUUCCUUAUAGUAAUGAUCUCUCGUGCAAGUCAUUAAAGAAUAAGGCUGACAAAUCAUAGUGAAAACCUAUAGUAGCAAAUUGUAACACCCUCGAAUUGUUUCCCUCGUUUCUAAACACAUCCGUGCCAUUUCGUACAGAAAAUAUACGUGUAUAAAUAUUGACAAAGCUUGAUAUAUAAUAUAUAAUAAUGCUGUACAAAUUUGGCAAUCACUAUAUAAACGAAUAUACAUAUAUGUAUUAAGUGAAAUUGUUAUUGUAUAACGAAUGGACUUGUUUAGAAUUAUAAACAUACGCAAGGUGUGUUUUAUUAACAUCAACGCCUGACUUGUGUAUAUACGAUGUUACUAUCUGUUCACUAUCACUUUGAUAUGCUUUGCUGUUUCGCCUUUUGUAAAUCAAAUACACUUAGUCACCUGUUAUUUAUUUAGGUUAUUUUAGGUUGUUCAAACACCUGUUUCACUGACUAUUUUGUUGUCACCCUAACUGUGUUUUUUAUUAUAAAAUAUAUAUUGCUAAAAAUCA